AGAAAAAAUAAGAAUGAAAUCAAAGCCGCCAAGCCGAAGAGAGUGAGGAGGCCGAAGAGUGGGCCCGGCAUCUCCUAUCUGGAUCUCACCAACAUCUACCUGAUCAAGCCGGAGAGCAGUGGGGCCGUUCGGGCGGGUUAGGGCACCCAUGCUGACGGACCAUGUUCUUCUGCCACCACCGGGAUACUUUGGAGUAUACCCGAUGAGUUUUGCUAAGGGGUUGAGGUUCCCCCUUCACCCUUUCAUUACUGAGUACCUGGACAUGGUAGGGCUUCCUCCAGCCUUGCUGACGCCGAACAGCUACUCCUUGAUGGUCGGGUUCUUGCUCCGGUGUGAGGAGUUGGGCUACAAGCCGACAACGGCACUAUUCAUGAAUCUGUACCAGAUCGGCCGAGGAAGCCACAAGAACUGUGCGGCCUACGCUACUCUUCAGCAGCUGCCGAAGAAGAGGAGCUUCACGGAUUUGCCUACGUCCAUUCAUGGGUGGAAGAGCAAGUUCGUGUUUGUGUCCAUUGGUGAGAGUGGCACCGAGUUCCCCUCUCUCGGCCAUACCGGGAGGUUUAACCUGCACGACCCGCCGAAGAGCUCUAUUUUGGACGCUCAGGUGGAGGCUUUCUUGGAAGGGGGGCCGAGGAGCGUGAAGGAGUACAUUACUGAGUACAAGAUGACCGCCCUCGGCUUCUUGAGGUACCAUGUCUAUGGUGACAAGGAGGAUGACCUCCAACUCUGGCCGAGGAUGACCACUACCUUUGAAGAGGCCGACGGCCCGGAUUUGGGCAUUCCUGCUGAGGCCGAUGACUUUGCAAUGGAUCGUCGUUCCAUAAUGGCUAUUGCCAAGGCCAAAGCGGUCGAGGAGUUGGCUGCUAAGGCGGCCGAGGCGGCUAGGCGUGCCGCGGCCGAUGGGGGCGGGGCUAGUACUGGUGCGGCCCCAAAGCCUGCUCCAUCGAAGAAGAAAAGGCCGGCCACUGACGGCCAGAAAAAGUUAACUGAGGCCGGCCUGAGCGCCUCGAAGAAGACGAAGAGGGCUCCUUCCCCUUCUCCGGCUACUGAGGCCGGUACUCUGGCUGUCCCCAGCGUGGACGAUAGUGGUCCUGUCGUGGACCUUACUGCUGCUGGUGAUGCUGCUCCAUCACUGCCUCUCGUCCAGGAGCCACGGACGAAGAGGGCCGGCAAAGAGAUUGCAGGUGCCACCUACCAGAAGAUGGUAGAAUACCCCGUCGGCGGGGGUGUCUUCGAUGACGUCGUUCUUGGCCACGACGUCCUGGCGCAGGCCAUGCCGGCCAAGGAUCGGGCUUACCUGCGGAAGCUCGGGGACGUGAAUAUCUACGAGGGCGGCAUGAACCUCCUCGUUCAAAGUGCCUUUAUGCUCAUGGAGAGCCAUAAGAGGCAAUACCGGGAGAUAGCUCGCUUGAAAGAGCUGGAGCAGAAGGCUGCCUCGGCCGACGAGGCAGCAGCUUGCCUGGAUCGGCUCCGGGAGGAUGCCAAGGCUUUGCAGCAAAGGGCUGAUGAAGCCGCUGCAGCCAGGGACGAUGCCGUGGCCAAGCUCGAGGAGAGCAAAAGGGAGCUUGUGGCCGAGCGGCUCAAGAAUGAAGAAGCCGUGAAGGCGAAAGCUGAGGCCGAGGCCGCCGCUGUUAAGGCUGCUGACGAGGCCGUUGAGCGGUUCCUGGCCGAGGGGUGGAAGGCCGAUGAGAGGCUCCCCUGGUGCUACGAAGUGGUUGCCGCCAGGCUUGAAGAUUGGGGGAUGAACUCCCCCGCCGGCCAGGAGUACUUCAGUAGGGAGAUGGCCGUCUAUUACAACAUGGGCCAGGAACGGAUGCAGAGGCUCCUAUGUCGGCGGCUGUCCCGUGCUCUGAAGGCCAUGAACUACACGUCCGGGUGGGCCAGACGGAACCUGAAGCUGCCAAAGCUGAUGAAGGAUCCAGAAGAGCAGGCCAAGCUUCCUCUGUCACAGCGUGAGUCUCCUAUUGAAAGCUCCGGCCUCGGCGAGCCGGAUUACACCGAAUUUGAUUUUCUGGACGACGCCACCAGUGCUGCACCCGCCGACUGCCAGGAGACUGAGGCCGAGGAGGGAGCUGACGAGGUCGAAGAGCCAGCCACGGAUGGAGGUGCCCCAGAGGCUUGAUCGGCUACUCCCUGCUCCUUUGUAAUUUGCUUUUCAUUUCUUUGUCUAACUGAUGUAAUGGCCGAAGCGCCCCCAAUUGUAAUGAAUUGAUUAAAUGAAAGAAUUUUUGCCGUCCUUCUCGGCUUUGAAUCCAU